AACUUUGACAGUUUGUUGCAUUUUGAGAGCUCCCCGUUUAUUUAUUGUUGUUAUCAAUGCACUUUUGAUAUGCGAUUAUUUUCAAUUAAAAUCCUUAUCAGCAAGGAAAGUGUUUUACUUACAUUCAUCUAAAAAGUGGCACUGAAAAUCUCUCGGGAAUUUCUAACUACCUUUCCAAUUGAUUGGUGUAGCAAGAAUGUCUGCUGAAUGGAGAUGCAUCCGGCGCAACCAGGACGAAUGCCGGCGCUAUCUGGACCAGUUUAAAGUGUUCGAUCAUCCGCUAAAGCAAUCAACUAUAACGGUGCUGGAAAGCAAAGGGACCCGGAUGAAACCGGCGAACAAUUUCAGCGACAGUAACAGUGGAUCUUCUUCCACGAUUUCGCUGGAUCCGCUCAGCUUGGCCCUGGAUGGGUCUGACCCUUUGAGUCAAUUCGCCCGACAGGAUUCCGCCCAGGAUCCACUGUCGCAGAUGGCAGCCGAGUUUGAUGGUGCGCUAAGUGUGUCUUCCGGUGCUAAAUCCAAGAAGAAGGAAGUUACUAAUUUGCUGGAAUUGGACUUGAUAGAGCCCUGGGCCGGGAGGAGGGGUCCCAUAUUGAACAAGUAUACCACAAAUGAAAAGUUGUCGAUUGUGACCAGCUUCCUGAACGGCGGAGAAACCAUCAAGUCACAAACGACCAUGGCCGAGAAGGUGAAACAUCGGCUAGAGCAAUUGGACGAGUUUGAGGAAGGAACCAUCCGGCAGAUGCUGGAUCUGUCCCAGCAGGAAUACGUGAUCAAGAUUGAACAGCUGAACCACGAACUGGUUCAGGCUUGGAACACCGAUCAACGGGUGAAAGCGUUGAAGAUUGCGAUCCAGUGUUCGAAACUGUUGGCAGAUACGUCGGUCAUUCAAUUCUAUCCGUCGAAAUUCGUCCUGAUAACGGACAUCCUGGACAUUUUCGGAAAGCUGGUUUACGAACGGUUGCUGGUCAAGUCGGGGGAGUCGAUGAAGCCGGGCGGCUCUAGGGGACCGGCAACUUUGCCGGACAACUUCACGCCCGAUAUGGUGCCCGAGUCAGCCAAAGAGACGUGCCAGAACUGGUUCUACAAGAUAGCAUCGAUUCGAGAACUGCUGCCGAGAUUGUACGUAGAAAUGGCCAUACUGAAGAGCUAUAGAUUUCUAACGGCCAACGAAUUCAGUUCAAUUCUGAUGCGACUGACUCAAAUGAUCCGAGGUAUUGGUGACCCAUUGGUCAAUAUCUAUGCUCGAUGCUAUCUCUGUCGAGUGGGAAUGGCCAUAACGACGGAUCGCGAUUAUAUCAAAGAAAAUCUGAACGACGUUCUCACAAUCUACCACACCAUCCUGAACGGGGGAAUCAGAUCGGAAAUAGCCAAGCAUAGAAUAACCCUGAAUGGAUACAUAUCGCUAUUUCUGCCGGCGCUGGAUUGGCUCAUGCAAGGUGUCACGAUUCUCAGUACCGAUGCCGAGUUGGACGAUGUGCUGAAGCGAUGUCGCGACAAAAAGCACCCAGCCCUACUCAUGCAAUCGAUAAUGCAAUCCUUCCGGCCGGAUUUCAUAGCGCUACGGGCGGUGCCAUUCGUGGAGAUUUUAUCCACCAUCUCGGUGGAAGGCUUGUCACGGGGACAUUUGCUGCGCUGUUUGGGAAGUAUUCUGAGUCAGACGGCUCCUCCGGCCGAGCAGAGGGCACUGGUGUUGAAUGCGGCCUGGCGUACCAUCAGCGGCAUGGGUAACACGGAAGAGUACAUCCAGUGCGCGGAGAUGUGGGCCCAGUACACUAGUCAGCAUUUUGGGCUCCGUGAAGUCAACGCGUUGAUGGGAGAUAUCCUGUACCAUAUGACCCCUAAUCGAGCCUACGAACGACACUACCACGAGCUACAGGUUAUCGUCGACAAGAUUGUUUCGAACGCACAGGACAUCCAUGGCGUGUUGUCUCUGGACAACUUUUUGCCAUUGCUGGACCUGUUCCAAAAGGAAUCCAUCAAGCUGGACGUUUGCAAAAGCAUUCUAACGAGCUACAGAACUGCUUCAACUGAUUCGUACAUUUCCGAUCCGGUUGUCACAAACGCUCUUAUGCAUAUUAGCAAAGUGUUGAACGAUUCUGUGAAUGCCCUCACGAGUGAAGACGAGCGUCGCCAGAUCAGCAACCUAAUCAGCCAUUUCAUACGGAAAGUAGACUUUGGGCGCGACUUUGAACAACAGCUCUCAUUCUAUGUCGAAGCUCGUUCUGCUUUCUCAAAUUUGGACCCCGUGUACUCGACGUUGAUCCACUGCGUCAAUCGGCUAGCUACUAGCACGCGACGCAUCGUCAAAGGUCAACACACAAGCAAAACAGCUGCCUUCGUGAAGGCCUGUGCUGCCUACUGCUUCAUCACGAUUCCUUCCAUCAUCGAUGUCACUACUCGAAUGGAACUCUACCUGCAAUCUGGUCAGGUAGCUCUCUUGAACGUGUGCCUACAGCAAGCGGAUUCAUGCUUCGAGGCCGCCCUGAAUCUCAUUCCGGAGAUCCCUCGAACCAUCGAGCAGGACGGUAAACCCCAAUCAACCGAACCCUUUCUCAAAUCGUUCCUUAUGAAUUUCCUUUCCACGCUCGUAAUCGUUCCCGACAAUCCCACUCAAGGGGUUCUCUAUCUGCUUCGGCUUCUUCUCGAAGUAAUUAAAAAAUAUCCUUUCGAGCCCAACUCAGAGACCCUCUCCUCGAUAUACCUGCACGUUCUGGAUUUCCUAUCCGUUGCGGCCCAAGAGGUCUAUCCUUAUCACAUCGUGAACGUGAUCUCUAACGACGAACUCUACGGGUCGGAUCCAAAGUUUCUGGCCGAAAUCCACGCCAUCAGCUGCGAGGUGUGCGAUGAAGUGCUUCAGAUACUCAAACAACUGCUGGAGUCUAACGCUAUACGACAGCAGAGUCAGCUGUCGUUGGAUCUGUUUCUGAAAAUUAUCACCGGAGCGGACCUGACUGUGGAUCGCAUGUUCACGUUGACGUACAACCUGUGGAAUCUGGCGGCCAAGAAUCGGAGUACGCUGGAUGCAAAGCAGCUGCAAAAAAUCCUGUCUUACACGGAACAUCUGGCCGAAGUUUCUCAAUCCGAUUCCCAGAAACAAUGCCUGCAGCUACUGCUGGAAAAGAUGAGAUCACGAAUUUAAACCGAAUCAACCUUAGUUUGUAUUUUAUAACGUACUGCAAAAAAAAAAAAAAAAAAAAACUAGGUUUACCCGCA